AUGUGUGAACAAGUUAAUUUUGUUGAUAUUUUGGAACCAAGGAGGACCCAGUCAGGGAUAUUUAGUUUUAUGUCCAGGAACUGGUAUCCACAAAGAACACAAAUUCUAGACAGAUAUUGUACCCCAGAAGAUCUCAAAAAUAUUGUAGAAAAUUCUCCGUAUUUAGAUGCUAUUAUAGAAGCGGAAUGUUCAAGAACUGGUGUUAACAAAGCCAAAUUACAGAGAAAUGUUCACAGCUAUUUAGAAGAAAUGGGUUUGGAUAAGAAACUGCACAUCAUUAGAUGGAUGGGAGUGAUAUUCCUGAAGAUUUCAUUCAUGAUGAAAAUAAAGAUGUUUGUGAAUGAAGCUGCUGUCUUGAAUUUGAAGUCAACAAUUGGCAAGAAUCCAGUACUUUUUCUGCCCACACACAGAAGCUAUGCUGACUUCUGCCUGAUGACAUACUUAUGUUACCAUUAUGAUAUUGACUUCCCUGCAGUAGCUGCGGGCAUGGACUUCUACUCAAUGGCGGUGAUUGGGCGUCGCAUGCGGGAGACAUGCGCGUUCUACAUUCGCCGCACAUUGGUCGGCGACCAGUUGUAUGCUGCUACUCUCAAGCAGUACGUACGGACUCUGGUGGCUAAGCAUUGCGCACCUAUUGAGUUUUUCUUAGAAGGCACGAGAAGUCGGAGCAAUAAGAGUAUACCCCCUAAAUAUGGUAUGUUAUCCAUGUGCUUGAUGCCACUGUUCGCACACGAAGUGACAGAUAUCACCAUAGUUCCCAUAAAUAUCAGCUACGAUCGAUUAAUGGAGCAAUCUCUAUUCGCUUACGAACACCUGGGGGUACCAAAACCUAAGGAGUCCACUGGGGGUCUCCUAAAAGCAUUGCACAACCUAAACGACCACUUUGGCAGUAUCUAUGUUAACCUUGGUAAUCCGUUAUCUGUCAGAGAGUACCUCAAGAACAACACCCUAUAUACGAGAGAGACACUAAAGCCCGUGGAUUUGCAGCAGCUAACUAACGAACAAUUCAAACAAGUACAGAGCAUAGCUGAUUAUGUCACUACUCUGCAACAGAAGAACACUGUAGCCACAAUUUCGAAUCUACUAUCUUUAGUAUUAAUGCAAAGUGUUAUUAAAAACGAGCCUCUACAUUUUGACGAAGUUCUUCAAGAGGUUAAUUGGAUGGCGACGGUUUUGAGGCAUUUAGGGGGAUCGGUGUUUGAAAACGAUGUGAAGAGCAGUGUGGAAAGGAUCCUUGUAGUGCAUGGCAAGAUGAUGCGGCUGGAUAGACAGAGACGAUUGCGACUGAAAUCAGGAGUUCUAAUGGAUAUGUCCAACGAUAUCGAGAAGAAAAUGAAAGGUCACACAUUGCAAGCGCAAACAAUGGCUGUUUGCCUGCAUAAGAAUCUUGUUGACAAAGUUAAAUUAGAAGUCGAUUACCAUCAAAUCAGGAAAAUGCUUAGUCACGAAUUCUUCUACCUGGAACAUGAGGAGGAAAAUAGAUUCAGCAAAGCUCUCGAAUAUUGUAUAGAAAAUAAAGUUGUCACGUACAACGGAGACGUAUACUCAUUGGGUGAGGAUACAAAAUUACAGUACUUACUGAAGUGGUCCGUGUGGCCGGCGCUCACUACUGUGUUGAAGUGUGCCGAAAUUAUGUUGAAGCAAUGCAGUUGUGAACACAAACAAGCUCUGAAGUUAGUUCAGCAGGACGUGGAGUUAGCUCGUUGUCACCCGUACUGCUUGAGCCUGGAGGCCGCGACCAACUGUCUGCAGGGGCUGGUCGCUGUCGGAGCGAUGAUUAAACUAAAGAGAGAGCAAGAAGUGACGUACGAAGUGGUGCCUACGGUAAUGGAAAACUGCCAUAGUAUAAUUAAGUCAAUAUUACCACAGUUUGCUGUUGAAUUUGGCAGAAGCAAUGCAGUCAUGUUAGAUGACAGAACAUUGUCAAGGUUGUAA